UGCAGCGAACCUCUCGCUGCAAACGACCUUUAGCAGAGAGAAACCCGAGAGUGGCCACACCGGCGUUUCAUUUGAUACCGUAAAUUCAAUUUAUGGAAGAAAUUUUGCACAGUGCUAACAAAGAGAUAACAUAUAAAACAAUAAUAAACAGAAAUAACAUUAAGACACUGCGGCGUUGACCACAAUGGGGAAGAAUAUUGGACGGAAAACCCUGUGAAUACAGGCAAAAUAUUCUGGAGGAUUCAAAUACAUCUCGUUUGUUAUAAAUUAUUCUUUUGAGAGAAAAAUAUGCACGUUGAACAAUAUUGUGCGAUACUCUUGCAAAUUUUAAACUUGAUUACUGCAGAUUCGUUGCAUAAUACAUCGAACAUUGAUUUAUUUAAGUGCAAGUUGUCUCAACUAGGAACUGAGUACAAAGGUUUUAUUAUGACAACUAUUAGUGGUUUGCGUUGUCAAUUAUGGGCAGCCCAACGACCACUUCAUGAAAUUAGCAAGGAUAUAAGUAACACAGAUUUUCCAGAGAAAUCUAUGAAACUUGCAAAAAAUUAUUGUAGAAAUCCUACUCGAGAUCCUAGGGGACCUUGGUGUUAUACAUUAGAACCUAUGGUAAUUGAUGAUGAAUGUGAUAUUCCUCUUUGUAAUUACAAAGAUUGUAUAAUAACGGGACCAGGAGCGGAGUAUGGCGGAAAUCGUAGUUUUAGUACUUCAAAAAGAAAGUGCAAAUCUUGGAACAGAAAAUAUAAACUUGACAGUAUGAAAAAUAUUAAAUUCCGCGAUAAGGAUUUUCCAGAUGGAUCAAGAGUGAAGGCAAAUAAUUUCUGUAGAAAUCCAAAUGGUGACGCCGGUGGUCCUUGGUGUUACGUAGAAGGAAAAAAUUACGAACAAGUAGAAAAAGAAUAUUGCGACAUUCCAUUUUGCAAUGAUGAAGAUUGCUUGAUGUAUUCACAAAAUUCAUCAACCUAUACUAUAUUAACGAGAUUAAAUAGCACUUAUGGAAACAUAUCCGUCUGGAUUAAACUUUGGAACCCUUUUGAUGAACAAAAUGCAGAAGCCAGAAUAUUAUUAAGUUUGCUUCCAGUUCCAUCUUCUGCCAAGAAGAUUGCUCAAGAUUGGAAGGCAGGAGUUGAACUUUUGAUUUCGAAUAAUGUCAGCGGCCAAACAUAUCCAGCUACUGAUGUGCAUUUGUUUGAAAAUACACCUACAAUAUUACUCAGUUCUAAGUGGACUGGCCUGUGGAUUGCAUGGGGUGGUGGUUUCAUAUCUCUUGGAUUAUAUGGUGUGUCUAAACCUUUAUUUAUGGACAAGUAUAAAAUGGAAAAUAGUAUUUCAAGUUUAUAUCCUGACAAUUUUUUAUACUAUGGCAUCAUGGGCACUGGAAUUUUAUGGAGGACGGAAUUUUGUCAAAAAUGUAUAGCAUAUAUAAAUUAUAAUAUUACGUAUAUGUUGGCAUAUAUAAUAUGUAUGGCAUAUAUAAAUUAUAAUAUUAUUUUAUUGAAUCCUUUAUUCCUUGGGUGUAUAGAUUGUGAAAGUCAUAUAACAUUUGAAGAUGAAUUUUUGAGAAUUUGGCCUAUGCAAAAAAGUAAUGAUACGCACGAUAUUCAUUUUUAUGUUCGAGCUAGCCAUAACAUAAAAAUACGAUUAUACCAAAGCCCUGGUGCACUAUUUCCCUGUUUUACAAUAGAAAUUGGACGUGAUGACGUUACAUCUCUAUUGUAUCAAGAAAGCGAGAAAUCAGUAAAACAAUAUGUGAAAGAAGUUGUAGUUAAAGGAUUAAUAGACUAUUGGAAUUGGAAAGAGUUUAUUGUUAGUAUUUUCGGGACACAUCUGCGUUUAUUUUCGCAACGCGCAUAUGGGAGUGAAGAAGUUAUAAAUGCAAAUCAUGAUUUAUUAAUUACCUUACGUUGGUUCAGCGUGGGAAGCGAUCAAACAAUAGCACACUGGACAUUCUUUUGUUCACCUGAUGCAUCAGACAAGGUAGAAGAUCCUCAACCUCCAAAUUGUAUUCAAAAUAUCAUUGAUUAUCAAUAUCAAGGAACUCAAUGGACAAGUGUAAGAGAACUUCCGUGUAUACCAUGGAUAGCAGAAGAGAUACCAUACCAUGAGAAAAUAGCAGAUAAUUUUGUGGAUAGAUCUGUGGUGAAAGCUUUAAAUAUGUGUAGAAAUCCAACGCAUGAUCCUAAUGGACCUUAUUGCUAUACGAUUUCCGCUUCGCAUGCCAUUAGUAUCACAAAACAAUUUUGUCCUGUACGAACUUGUAGAUCAUCAGAAUGUCGAAUGGCAGGAACGGCUAAUGAUUAUAUAGGCACGUUAUCAACGACUCGUUCAGGCCGAACUUGUGCAAAAUGGUCAAACAAUUAUGAACAGAUCCAUGAAUCAAAUAUGUCAUUGAAAGCAAAACUUCCUAGGACUUUAAGAUCACCUCUUGCAAAAUCUCGCUGGAAACAUUAUUUAACGACAAAACAAGACAUUUUAUCGAUGCCAUCGCAUUCGCUUAUGUCCAAACCAUCAUUAUCAAAUUUAUCGUCACAAUCCGAAUUUAUAAUUACCAAACCUGCCCAUUUUGUCGACCGAGCGUAUUUAAAUGAUACUCUUUAUCCCGAACGUAGCGUACGAGAUGCCAAUAAUUAUUGUAGAGAUCCUUCGCGCAAUAUUGCUGGCACUUGGUGUUACACAACGGAUCCGUUGGUGCCACAAGAUCUGUGCAAUGUAAGGGAUUGUGAGAAGCCAGAAGAAUGUACAUUUUUCGUAAAAGGACAUGGCAUUGGACGAAGAUUAUAUGUUUUGCCAGAGUAUCGUACAGAAGGCAUAUAUUUCUCAUUAAAAGCAUGGGAACCCGAUUUACCGGAUACCAUAACGUUUGUGUUCACUGCAGAUGAUGGAUUAAAAUCUCGUUAUAUUCUUAAGAUUGGAGCUUUAGAUAACGAGAAAGUGCUUCUUUAUUAUCAAUCGGAAGAACAGAACAUAAUUUUGGUGAAGAAAAAAACAUUACCGCAUUUAUUGUAUCUUGGCAAGUGGAGCAGCUUUAUUAUUCGCAUACCCCGAGGACAUGUUCUUCUUUAUUAUGAAGGAGCAUCAAAUCCGCUAUUUGAAUGGAAACAUCCUGAACCGGCUAAAGCAUUUUUACCAAUCUAUUAUUACUAUAAUAGCGAGAAAGGUCAUGCAAUAGGAGUUGCCUUUGAUUGUACCUCAAGAUGCCAUAUAGAAAACACACAAACUGAUCGCUAUACUAGGAUAUUGCCAUUAUCGACAUGGUCCAAAGAAGAAAUACUUAGACCCAGUAAAUUAAUGUUGAUGAUUCGCGCCAAGGGUGUCGUUCUAAUACCAUUACUUUUAAUGCCUGCCGCACCAGGAUUUUAUGCGCUUACACUCGGCGAACGCGGCGAGUGGAUAUAUUUUCUGAAAAAUACGUAUCCCCGAGUAAGAGUUUAUUACAAACAGAAAGCACCCAAGCCCAUAUUUAAUACGAAUUACUGGACAAAUAUUACCAUAAAAUGGUCUGAAAAUACAAUUCAAGUAUUUUGCAACGAAACAAACAUAUUUUAUUAUACACAUCGUCAACCGCUCAUCUUUUAUUUUUUCUCCCUCGCCGUGGACCCGAAAGGUUGGGCCACUUGGAGUGCAAAUUGUAUACCAUCAGACAUAGAUGGGCCCCCUUUAGAUGGCGGAUGGUCAGAAUGGGGACCAUGGGUAUGCAGUGCUAGUUGCAACGGUGGCAUAGGAACUAGAAGACGGUAUUGUAAUUCACCGGAGCCUAAUGUACGGGGUGAACCUUGUAUAGGAUCCAGUACUAUGACAGGUCGUUGCAAUACAAUUCUUUGUGGCGACAUAACCGACGAUACCACAAAUUUAAUAAAAAGAGUAAUUGCACAUAAUCACUCUGCUCUAAUCGUGCAGGAAUAUGCACCGAUAUCACUUCGCUCGGAUUCUAAUAUCAUAAAUUCCAUCAAAGCUGAAUCGCCUGAUUCCGAAAUACAGUGGUCUCAUAAUGGGAUUUUUAUUCAAAAUAAUCAUAGAUUAGAAGUUAAGAAUUAUGAAAUCGCAAUAAGUAGAGCAGUAUUAAACGACUCGGGUGUAUAUACACUCACUGUACAUCGAAUAGACGGUACAUAUAUGAUAAUUAAGGCGAUAACUUUAGCAGUGAUUCCGAUUAAGGAAAGCAUUACAAUUCGCGAAACUCUAUCUAUGCAUGUGAUAUGCCACUGUGCUGUCCUUGGUUACAUAUAUUCCGAUUUGAAAGUUUAUUGGACAAUCAAUAAGAACAUAUGGAAAGACUAUGGAAUUACAUUGCCUGUAGCUGUAAAUAUUGAUUACAUUCCCAUUGUUAAUAAAUCUCAUCACGGUAUAUGGAGAUGCAUUGUGGAGCAAACGGAUUUAAAUUUUAAAUGGACGACAAAUAUAAUCAACGUAAAAGUUCUCGAGGCUCCAAAUUGGCGUACUCAUUUAAUGGAAGACAAACUAACGCGACCAAUUUUUGGGUGGAUGCCAAGUGAAGAAUUUGUGGCUUAUGCAGCGUUGGCUAUGAUUCUGUUUUUGGUGUGCUGCAUUAUAAUAAGUCUCGUACUUUAUUUCAGAUGUAGAAUAUUGAGCGAUAAUUUUCCGGUAAUCGCGCGUAUUCGAAUCGCUUAUGGGUCUGGCUGGGAUGUAUGGACGAAACGUCAGAUACCAAUGCGAAUCAAAUGAGAUGAAGGAAGGAUGAAUGAGAGAAAAAAGAGGACACUCGGAAAAGAGAGCACGAGAAACCACUCUGCCUCUAGGGCGGGAGAGAUUUGCUUCACAGGGAGAAGAGGUGAUUGGUAGGGAGUGAGCAGUUGCCAGCAGAUCGGUAGGACAGGCCUGAGGGUAGCACAACGAAAACAGAGAAAAAGAGAUGAUGGAGGUUAUUUGCUGGAAACAGUAAGGAAGACAAGAACAGAUACUC